AGAACACUCGGGCAGCAUAUCCAAUAGAAUACAUCCCUAAUGCUAAGAUACCAUGCGUUGGUCCUCAUCCCAAAAAUGUCAUUCUUCUGGCCUGUGAUGCUUUUGGCGUGCUCCCCCCAGUGAGCAAGCUGAGCCUUGCCCAGACCAUGUACCACUUCAUCAGCGGCUACACAGCUCUGGUUGCUGGAACAGAGGAUGGUAUAAAGGAGCCAACAGCAACAUUUUCGGCAUGCUUCGGUGCAGCAUUUAUAAUGCUCCAUCCUACUAAGUAUGCAGCCAUGCUGGCUGAGAAAAUGAAGCAGCACGGAGCAACUGGAUGGCUUGUUAACACUGGUUGGUCAGGUGGAAGCUACGGAUCAGGUAGUCGUAUCAAGUUAGCUUAUACCAGGAAAAUCAUCGAUGCCAUACACUCGGGAAGUCUUCUAAAGGCAAACUAUGUCAAGACCGAUGUGUUUGGGCUUGAGAUCCCAACUGAAAUCGAUGGCGUGCCUUCAGAAAUCCUAGAUCCAGUGAACACAUGGUCUGAUAAGAAGGCCUACAAGGACACCCUGUUGAAGUUGGGGGACUGUUCAAGAAGAACUUUGAGGUAUUCACAAACUACAAAAUUGGAACAGACAACAAGCUGA